AUGUUGAUCAAAUCGGAAUAUCCACCAGUUGCACUUCCCACUGCUCCAUUUCACGAAACUCUUCUCAAUGCUAUCAAGGGACAUAUGGAGAGCGAAAAGAAAACGGCAUUCGUAUCCGCUGAAACCAGCAGAGAAGUGACCUUCAAGGAUAUUUACGAUUUAUCUCACUCUGUCGCUUCAUUUCUCCAUAAGAAGAACUUUCGGAGAGAUGUGGCCUGUAUGGUUAUGCCAAAUCACUGGGUCUGGGCACCGUUCUUCCUUGGAGUCACGAUGAACGGCGGUACUCUGACUGGAUUCAACCCAGCAGCGACCGAAUAUGAACUAAAACGUCAGUUCGUCGACAGCCGUGCGAAAGUGGCGCUCACGAAUAAGGCAUCAUUAAUGAAGGUGCUCACAGCUUCUCGUGAAUCGCCGUACAUGAAAGAUAUAAUCUGCUAUCAAGACGAGCCAUGUGGUCAUCUUCCAGCUGGAGUGCACUGUUGGAAUGAGCAUGUAGCCAAAACACCCGCUGAGGCGAUCCCCAAGCCACAUAUCGACAUAGCUAAGGAUAUC